GUAUCCGCCAGUCGCUCCUUCCACUUAUUAUAUCCCAUCUCACAAUGCAACCGAGGUUACGACUACACGCCAGCAAGCGCUUGCGCCUGAGCACACCCACCAUCGCAUACCCUUCAUGUCAAUGUCGCUACGCUUCCCUGGCCGCUGCCACGACUCCGGCUCCUUCAAUUGAAUCAACAAUGCAUGUCUCGACUCCCAUCACUCGCCAUCCUCCUACUCAACCGCCACCAUACAAACCUGCCGAGUUCCGCAAGACACAACUUCACCGCAUCUACACAUCCCUGAUCCGUUCGUCACCCUUGAUGCUGGUUUUCCAACACAACAACCUCAAGGCUUCUGAGUUCUCAGGCAUCAGAAGACAGCUCAACUUCGCUCUGGAAAAGGUCGACGCCGAGCUGAGUACUGAAGCUUCGCCAUCUAUCAUUGGAAAGUACACGGAGCUUCAAAUUGUUCAGACUGGUAUCUUUGCCUCCGCCGUCAAGGUCGCCGAAUCUUUCAACCCAGACUCCUCCUCAGACACGCAGCAAACACGCGCUACGAAUACUUCCCCGCAAUACACACACAGCCUGUCUAAGUCAGCAUGGAAGACCGCUAGAAGCGCAAAGGUCCAGACUGGUCUGGAGCCCUUGUUGUCAGGCCCCCUGGUCGUUCUCACCUUCCCCCUGGUCUCUCCUCAGCACUUGAAGGCUGCCAUGACCAUUCUCGCUCCCUCCGAGGGCUUCCCUGCUCCCAAGAGAAAGGCAAACCCCGGUCUUUACGAACCCAGCAUCCAAAGCGGUCUCCAGAAGCUUAUGCUCCUCGGUGCCCGUGUAGAAGGCAAAGUGUUCGAUCUCGACGGCACAAAAUGGAUCGGCGGUAUUUCUGGUGGCCUGGACGGUCUCAGAGCCCAGCUUGUUUACAUGCUGCAAUCCUUGCCUGCUACCCUCACAAACACCCUCGAGGGUGCAGCAAAGAGCUUGUACGUCACCGUCGAGAGUAGGCGCCAGGAUAUGGAGCCAAAGGAGGAGAAGACAGACCAGCCUGAGGCAGAGCAGAAGGCCGAGUAGACCAUGUAUGUCUGUUCUGUUUGUACCAUCACCCACAUAUCUGUACAGCUUUUCUUUAUUUCACAAAAUGAUAUCCCUGCACACUUCCGCCACGUACGACGUCGUUCGCAACAAAUCUUUUUUGAUCGUGAUUCGUCGCUUUGAAAUUUCCGUCAUCUUGUUUACUAUCUUCAUAGACCGGGCUUUCACGAUUGAUCACUCAAG